GGGGAACUCUUAGCGGGCGGACCGAGUGAGCGGAAGUUGUGUACCUUGCUUGCGGAGGUCAAGUCGCAUUGGUCCUUUUCAUCAGGGACAUUCAGGAUAAACACUGUGUAUCAGUGAGGGUUUCCUGUAGAAGCUGCUGAGCACCAGGCAGUCAUGGUGAAGAAAAAGCAACCUCGCCUCAUAGCGGAGAUGGCUCGGAAGAUCCGGGCGUACCGAGAGCUGAAGUCCCGACCCAGGGAGUCUCAGAAGUACGCCCUGGACUACGAGACCCUGAGGAGGCCUCACACCGGGAAGAUGCUGCCAGUGCUGGCCUGGCAGGACGUCCGCAGGGAGACUCGCCUCUUCUCACUGCUGGCCGGCAUGAGGAUGUUCGGGGUGGGCCGAAUGUUCACCCGAAAGUCCUGGCUGGAGCAAGAUCCAGAGCCCAGCUACUGGCAGAUCACUAAGGUCAAGGUGGACUACACAGCUGAGAACAUGGAUCAUGGCAAAGCCUGGGGGAUCCUCACCCAAAAAGGGAAACAGGAGAGCGAGGUCAAGGAGGUGGACAAGGCGAUAUACCACGACUGGCGCCUGAUUCCCAAACAUAUGGAGCAGCAGUUUAAGGAGUUCGAGCCGCUGCCUGAGCCCCCGGUGCGUUACGUCCCGUAUCCUCCGCUGCUGCGCGCUAUGAUGCUGGCUCAGUUCAAGAAGGCACACGGCAGCGCUGCCACCGAGGAGCCGGCCCUGCCCUCACGGAGGGACGUCCUGCUCAACAAAGACUAUUUCCGCGAACAGGAAAAAGCAGCGCAGAGGAAAGAGGGAACACCGGUGUGAUGCUCGUGGUUUCUAAAGAUGAAAAUCUUGGACAUUAUGGACCAAUGAGAUUUGAAAGAAGUCAUAACUUCCUCUGUCAAAGUACACUGGGAGACCUCGCCUAAAUGUUCUGACGAAUCCUGGACUCAAAGAAGUUCUAUCUACAUCUGAAGCAGGCUCUCUGUGUGUAAUGUAACUGUGUAAUGUGAUAAAUAUUAAUUAUUAAAGAUAAGAUGGAAAGUGU